GUAUUUUUAUUUUCUGAAACGCAAUGAAGAGUGGGAUGAGUAUGGCUGGUACCAGUAUCAAAAAGCAAGCAUGAUAACUAGACCCUUUGCUCUCAAUUUAUGUCAUGUCGGAGAAAACGAGAUAUGUAGUGAUUGGUGGUGGUAUAGCUGGAGUAACAGCUGCUGAAACGGUAAAUUGCUCUUGUCUUUAUCACUAGUAGAGUCUUAGUCAUUCACACUCAGUGACACUCUUAUUAUCAGACUUUUAUUACUUACUCAGUAGUUAGUAGAGUCACUCUUUAUACUUCAUUACUUUAUAAUAUUAAUUUAUUAGUAUUGUCUUUAGGCUUUAGGGCCUAUUUAGGUAAAAGUGCAGUUCAGGUGUGUAUAGUAUACUAUUUCUUAGCGCAUUUCGUAUUUUAUCAUGUAAACUUACGUGUAUUGUUUAUAAAAAGUAUUUUAAAAGUAAAAUACCAUCUUUUUAUUGGAAUACAACAACAAUUUAACAAAUUUUACGAGAUAAAAAAAAGUAGAUUUUCUUGAAUCUUUCGUCUUUUACGGAGCCAUUGUGGUAAAUCAUGGAUAACUCUUCUGUCUUUAAAGAUAAGUUAUAAAAGUUGCCCAAUUGGAUAAAUCUUGCUUAAAAUAAAUGUUGAAUUUAUUUUAUAACUAUACUUUCAAAUAAACCCGGAUUUGCUCGGGAUUGCAUUCAGAAAAAAACAAAAAACAUCUGCUACGUCCUUUUAAUUCACAUUACUACUAAGCGAAAUAGCAACAACAAAACAACACCACUAUAGUUAUAAAAAAAAUUAAUUAAUUUGUCUCCUAUAAAACCACUUAAAAUUAAAUAACAAAUAACUUAUGUAAACAUUUCGUUUUUCCCGUUUUCCGAUGGCACCCAGAAGGAUCAUGAUGGGAUUCCGAUCCCGGUAAGAUAUCGAUCCCGGUGAGAUCCCGUUUCCGGUGGUAUCCCAAACUAAAUGAGAUUCCGAUCCCGGUGGGAUCCCGUUUCCGGUGAGAUUCUGAUCCCGAUAGGAUCUUGAUCCCAGUGAGAUCCUGAUGCCAGUGGGAUCCCGAUGGGAUACCCGUUACGGUGAGUUCCCGUUUCCGUUGAGAUCCAGAUCCCGGUAAUUAUAAGGAACUCACAUACUUGACAUACGUAGCCAGUUUACAAGCCACAUAGCAAUGGUUACGAGAGCCUUACGAGAAAUUCCAUAGUUGUAUUAACGUUAUUUGUUGUCUCACAAAGUGCGGGUAUAAACCAAAUGCUAAAAAUUUCCGUUGGAUAACCAUUCUUGGUCGUCCUGCCAUUUUUAACAAAAUGAUCCCACUAUCAGCUAUACCGCAAAACGAGUCCGUCUUAUUACUAAUCACUAGCCCUCACCCUCACUUUACUCAGCGCAAAUCAGUCACCAUUAAUAAGUGCAUUUGCAUACGAAAAAAGAGGAGGGGUAGUCAAAUUAGAGCUGACCAAUCAUGGACAGUGUAUUAGCAGCCUUCAGGAUGAGAUGACUAUCAAAAUGACCCAACGCUAUCAUUCCGAUUUUUUUUUAAAGUGGACACGUGAUCACACAUUGGCACGUAUUCGUGCACCCCUCCCCCUUUCUUUUUUCAGGUUCACACCAGGUCCAGGACAAUGAUGGCGUGUGUGUCCACUGCCUUAGUCAGUGAUCCACUUCUAAUCUCCCCCCCCCCCCCCCCCCCACUUCAAAGGACACCCCCCAUAUUCCGAGCGCCCUGAAAGGAAAAAAAAGAAUCCCGACCCGACUUCAAAGGACAACCCCUAUAUUCCGAGCGCUCUGAAAGGAAAAAAAGAAAGUGGGGGGGGGGGGGCUUGUGCGUUAUGAAAAAUCUAGUAUUUGAUUCUUUUUUGUGAACAUGCUUACAGUUUGAAAAUUUCGUUUAGCAUACUAACUUAUACUUAUAGGUGGCUAAAAAUCUGGCAUAAGGUGAAAAGAAAAAUACAAACAAAUGGGGCUGUGUCACUUUGGUUGGGGGAUGGUUAAAGACUCUUUAGAAGUAAAAUAAAAAGAAAAGAUGCGACUUAUAAUUCAGAAUGAGUUAACUAUAACUGCCUGGAUUUAAUUACUAAAGAAUACACAUAAGUUUACAUGAUACAAUUUUUUUAAAAUACGAAAUGCGUUGAGAAAUAAUAUACGCACCUGAACUGCACUUUUACCCCUAUUUAGACAUAGCUAAACUAAGUAACCUAAAUUAAUUAGUAGUAAUCACAUUAUUUCUUACACUCUAGUAGUCACUAUCUAGUCUAGAUACACUUGACUUACCCAUGCCCAUACUAAUAACUAAUAGACAUGGCGACAUAUACUCAUAUACUAUGAUAUUAUGUAUUAUACAAAGUAUAGUAUGAGUCAUACUACUACCAUCUAUCAUAGAAUCAUACUAAUCAUAGGGCUAAAGCUAAGAGAUCAUCCCGUGACGUCAUUUGGGUGUUUUGCCGUGAAUUAGGGUUCAGGUUAGGUUUAGGGAUACAUUUUAGGGUUCAGGUCAGGUUAGGUUUAGGGAUAGAUUUAGGACAUAAGUUCGUGGGUCGCGAUAACAAAGAUGGUGGCCAUGAUGAAAUAACACGGGGAUAUCUCUUUACAUUUACGGAAUCAUAGUCAUAGGCCAUAUAUGAUAUAUAUAUUGUAUAGGCCUAGUUCAUAUACUAUCAAUAGAGUAUGGAGACAGAGUGUCAUUGUCAUAUAGAUAGUCAUCAUAGUAGUAUACUGUCACUGUAGUCUUAGUGUUAAUAAUUAGUCAGAGUCAACUCAUAAGAUCAUUUAAACAAAAUUGUUUUUCAAAUGAUCAUCUUCAUGCACAAUUUCAACAAUGACAGUUUUUGUUAUCGAAUUUGAAUUAAUAAAUAACCCUUCUAGUACUGAGUAUUGACCUACUUUUUUGCUAUGUAUAGCCUCAGUACCGGCUAUUAUUUUGCUAAUGAUUCCCUGUGGCCCAGACAUUAUUUUGGAAUGAGCCAAAAUUUGAUAUGUUUGCAAAUUAUUUUGUAACUUUUUUGUUUUAAGCAAUUGAUAAUAACAUGUAGAGAAUUAUCUGUUUAGAAAGUUAAAAAUACUACACUUUUCUGAUGUUUAUUGACAAUGGUACACUAGGAGAUUGUAUGGCCUGCACAGUGCCAAGCCACUUUUAAAUUGCCUUUUGAUAUUACUAGAUCUUCACGUAAAUCAAUAUCUAUGUUGGCACUAGGUCUAAAACCUGUCAAACCUACAGGCUCUUGUAGAUGUAAAUUUUUAGCUAUAGUAGGCCAACUUCCUUGAACAAUUUCAUCCCCCUCUUCCUCAUCAGCAUCAUCUAAUACCAAUAAAAACUCAAUAAUAGUUUCAGAAAAAAAAGGUUUCGCUAGGUAGCGCCAUUGAAACAGAAAUACAGAUCCGCACAAAAAAUUCAGUAAUUGGUCAAUUUUCAAAACUUAAAAGACAAAAUAAAAUUCAACUAUUCCCCUGACAAAUAAAAGAUUCUGCCCGAAAUUGUGGUGAAAGGUUAUAUCCUCGUUUUUGUGUUUAUAUUAGAUACCUCUCUAUGUGGCAAAUAGAUGCACUGAGGCCACAGGGAAAAAAAUUGGUUGGUGAAAAAUGACGCGCUUGGGUCGCAGAGAAAAAGUAGGUCACUACAAAAAGACGCGCCCGCCGCUGUAAGGGUUAACAACUUUAUUUUAUUUUAAUGAAACAUUAUCAUUAACUUUAUUACUAUUACUAUCUAUCAAUAUCAUUUACUAUGCCAAUUAUUAAAUUUGUUAAUGUUCCAAAUUUUUUUAAAAUACCUGUCAGACUCAUGCACCUACACACCAUUCCCCUACUUGGAAAUUCAGCUAAGGGGGAGGUGUUAGUGUGAGAGUAAAUAUGUCUGGUAAGCCUACUAUUUUUUAAAUUAAUUCCAUGGUCAGACCACUGCAUUAACUCAGAUCCAGAGUUAACUUGGUCUGGUUCAUGGCAGGUAUUGGCAUAGCCACUAGUCUCCACUAGGCCUCAAAUAAGUCUCACUAAGUUGCUUAAUACUUAAAUUAAAUCUUAGGUAAAGAUCCACACUGACCAAAUUUAUUUGAUAUUAGGCAAUUUUAUUAUUAAGUCAUUCAUAUUUUGGUAAAUGAUAUAUGCUAAAAACUUUGAUAUUUUGGUAUAUUAUAAUUAUAUGCAAUAUGCUUAUUAAAAAUUUUUCAGUACUAGACAUAAUCUGAUUUUAAUUUAAAAAAUUGAACUGUGAAGUUUCACACUUCUGUCUUUUCAGAAUGUCUAGAGGUUUUUUUGUUGGUUUAUUAUUAUUAAAUUAAUGCCAAUGGAUAAUGUCAUUGUCAUCUACAGGUUACAUAUAUUUAUUUCACAAUUGGUAUUACCCAUAACCAUUUUUUUAAAUAAUGUUUUAAAUACCGGUACCGGUAAUGAGUAAAAAAAACUAAUUUUGUUCCCAGCUUUCUGUGAUCACUGAGAAUGCAACAAUCACCCUUUUUUCCGCCUCCCCUCUGAUAAAGACUGUAUCAAAUCUUAUACAGGUAGUAUUGAACAACAAUCUUCCACAUUAAUUUUGUUUAUUAGCAGGUCACUUACAGAAUUUUUAUAUUCAAAAUCUAUCUUUACGAUCACAUAAGCUCUUAACUUGCUUACACAUUUAAAAUUAUUUUUAAGUAGUGUAGAAGCGUAAGUUGAUACAUUUUAAACAUUAUUAAAUAGCAUAAUUUUUUUUAAAAUGAUGUAAAACUAACCUCCUGAUUCAGUUAACACAGACUCUUGAAACUUUUGAUGUGGAAGAGCAAUCAUUUACAGGACUUAAAGAGCUGAAUAACCCUGUCCAAGUUAUUCAUACAACAGUCACAUCUUUAUGUGCUAAGGAUAAGGUAAAAUUAUUAUUUCAAGUUGAAUAAAAAAGAAUAAUGGUUAAAUUAGUCUAUGACAAAAAGAACUAAUGGACAAGGGCCAAUCUGCCUUGUGCUAUUUGGUAAAGGGGUAGGCUUAGGUGGUGUUUCCAAGCCUAUUUCAGUUAACCUGAUUUUUAUUUAAAUUUAGGUAUGGGGGAAAAGCAUAUUUUUUUAAAAGUUAUGCAAUUGGACUUGUACCAGUGACAAAGCUAACAGGAAGGAAAGUGGGGCCGAUGACCACUUGGUGGCAUUUUUAAAAAUUUACUUGGCCCUUUGUGACAGAUGGAAGAUGUCCAUAUUUCCUAGAGUUAUUCACUUCCAUUCUGCCAUAAACAGUAGUUACAUCAUUGACUGGCAUUUUAGAUUAUCUUUUGUUUUUUUUAUUUACUUUCAAUAAAGUAUAAUCUGAUGAUUAUUAGAAAGUAUUUUUUCAUUUCUUGAUUGCUUAUGUAUAGACCAGUAACAACUUUCAAUUUACAGCAACUGUUUACAGCAGAUGGCAAAGUCAUUGAAUAUGACAAACUCUGUAUUUGUACAGGAGGGAAACCAAAGGUAAAUAGUAAAGUUUAUUUAUGAAUAAUUCCGUCUAUUUAUUAGUAAUUUUUUUUAAAUAUAGCACUGGUUUGUUAGACAUAAAAAAUAUUUUUAAUGUUGUUUUCAGUUAAUUUCACAAGACAAUCCUUUUGUGAUUGGAAUACGGGACACAGAAAGUGUACAGGUAAAAAUAAACUGCAUUUUUUAAUUUUAUUUUUCGUUUUUUAAAGGCUCUCCACCUAUAAUAAAUGGUUUUUUUUGUCCUCCUUCUGGUUUUUGUCGUAGUUUUAACUUUUUUCAAACUUGCACUGUGAGCUAGUUUAUUGCAGAGAUGUAGGACAUUUCUGAACACUUGUUGUUUCUGGGUUUUGUACCCCCAGAAUGACUGCAUAGGUCUUGUGGUAAUUCCACACUGACUAAAUAUUUUAUACCUGGCUGUUAAUACAUUCCUCUUCUUUGCUCUAUUAAUUUUUAAAAGCUUAUGAAAUUGUCUUCUUUUUUUUUUUAAUCCUCUCAGACUUUCCAGCAACGUGUGAAGUCUGCCAAUAGAAUUAUUAUAGUAGGCAAUGGAGGAAUAGCUACAGAACUUGUGUGAGAUUUUUUAAGUUUUUACAAAAUUUCUGUUUUUUGAAUCUAUAUAAAAUGUACACCUAAAUCUGUUUCUUUUCCAUAAAUAUGUGAUGAAAUUGAAUGGCAUUAUAGAAUAGAUUUUUUUUUUUUAUUAGGAGUUUGAUAUACCCUGUAGUAAAUUUAUAUAGAUUUCAUUUGGAUAUAUUAAAUUUCUUAUUGAUGAAAACUUCAUUUAAGACAUGAGCUGGAGGGAUGUGAAGUGAUCUGGGCCAUCAAGGACAAAUCCAUUGCCCACACAUUUGUUGAUCCUGGAGCUGGUGAAUUCUUCAUGGAAUAUGUUAACAAGGUGAAAGACAACACUCAAGAGGGUGUAUCCAAGCGCCUCAAGUACACCACUGAGGGUAAGUUUUAACAUUUUCUUUAGUUACAAUCUUUGAAAUAUGAUUUAAUUGUUGAGGAAUCAGCUUAUUUAAGGAUUUUUAUUUAUUUAUUUUUUAAAUCCAUCAAUUAAGUUUAAAUGAGUGAGAAUGUUACAAAAAACACUGGAUGUAUUAAAUUAAUCUGAUAUAUAUUAUGUUCAGUGGAUUUACUAUAUUAAAUAUAUCAGUAUAAAAAGCUCUUUCUGUAUUUUGUGUGAAAGAAAUUGAUUUGAAAAAUACCAAAGUUUCUUUAAAUUGUUUUGUCUUAUAACUUAUAAUAAUCUCAUGAAUUUCACAAAGUCUAAUUUAAUCCUUUUUUUUUAAUGCUAAAAUAUUUCUUAAGUUAUCUGUUAAAUUUUAAGACAGGUAAAUGUUAAACAAAUAAUAGUUGUUUUUUUUUUAAUUAAAUUUAGAAACAAAUAGAAAAUCUCCUGUUCAGUCUAAUGUCAUGGGCAGUGCUCUGGGCCCUGAUUGGGCAACUCGGUUACAGAUUCAUGGACCUCAAGAGGUGAGUUUUUAUGGAGGAACACUGGGUAUUUAAAUUUUUAACUAAGCUGGUCAAGCCUAUAUCAGUAUCAGAUAUAAUUCUCUGCUAGGCCUUCAUUUAUGAGCUGUUUUGAUGGGUUGCAAUUUCAGUAAUAGAUGUUUAACCAACGAAUGGCAAACCCAAAAGGCUUUGCGAACCCCUUUGAUAACCAGUAAACCAUUCCCAGGCCACAUGUUGUUAUACCUUGUAUUAAAAUAUUAAAAAUAACACCAUCUAAAAUUGUUAUUAUAAUUUUGAAAUAGAUUAAAAGAUGACAUACUACUUCUAAGUGUGAAAAAACAUUCUGAAAAUAGAAAAGCUUGCCGUUAUUUUGUGAACAAUGCACCUUUAUAUAGAUUAAAUUAUAAAAUCUUUAAUUUUGACCAUUAAAUGACCAAAUCACAGUAUCCUUUUUGUGGGCCCGCAGGUGCGCUUGCAAAGUGCCUGGUUCAACCCAUGAGAAGUAAUUUUUUGAACAAAGCAUUUUGAUAUUACCCUGACUUUUAGAUAUUUCUAGUAAAUUCAUAAAUUCUCUCAAAGGUUUAUUACUACACACACACACUGCUCAUUCUCCGAGAUCUACAUGAAGAGUAGAAAAAUCGAUGAAUUAACUGACAGGUUUUUGUUUGAACAGUUCAAUUUUUUUUAGAAAUAAAAAUGUUAAUACAAUUGUUUGAUUUAUGCAGUAGCAUGGGUUUACUUUGCCGUAACUACAUUAAGUUAAUUUACUUUACUGCAUGCACUGCCUGUUUACCUUUUUCAAAUCUCACACAUUUUAGGUAUCACAUAGAGUUCACAUUGAGCAUCAAGUGGAAGUACAAAAGAUGAUCUCCCCUGAACAGUUUCAGCAGUUAAGCAUGACGCAGACUGUCUUGGAUGGUAGUGUAGUGGGUAUGCCUUUUAUAUUCUCGCAUUUUUGUUUAUAUGUCUAUGUCCAGUGACAUAUAUUUUGCUUUUGGCAUGAAAAAUAUUAUUGCCCUGGAAAUCUUUUAAGACUGGCAUUUAUGUAGUUUCUUUUAAACUUUUACAUUAGUUUCAUUGAAUGCAAAGCACUUUAAAAAAAAAAAUUAUUUAGUCAUCAAAUAAAAAAAAAAAAUUAUUUAGUCAUCAAAUAAAAAAAAAAAAUUAUUUAGUCAUCAAAUAAAUCAAAUGUACUCUACUGGAUUAUUGCAAACACUCAGAUCUGUUGCUGAAGGUUCGCAAGUAUGCUCCUUGAUCUUGUUAUAAAGUUUAACAUAUGUACAAAAAAAUUUUUUUGUGUGUAUUUUACCUUUAACAAUGUGUAAGCCACAGUGCCAUUCCACUUAAGGUGGCAUGUAAGUACAAAGCAAUUAAUGUAUUAAGCAUUAAACUUAGCUUGGACACUGCUAUUCACUGAAACAGACAAUAUUUUCUUAAAAUCUUGAAUGAUGUGUCAAAUAAUUUCUAUAAAUUUGAUUUACUGUGAUUAAAAAUGGAACCGACAACAACUAAAGUAAAAUGUAGUCAUGUAUAUUGUCAUCAUGUAAAAUGUAAUCAUGUAUAUUGUCAUCAUGUAAAAUGUAAUCAUGUAUAUUGUCAUGAUGUAAAAUGUAAUCAUGUAUAUUGUCAUCAUGUAAAAUGUAAUCAUGUAUAUUGUCAUCAUGUAAAAUGUAAUCAUGUAUAUUGUCAUCAUGUAAAAUGUAAUCAUGUAUAUUGUCAUCAUGUAAAAUGUAAUCAUGUAUAUUGUCAUGAUGUAAAAUGUAAAAUGUAAUCAUGUAUAUUGUCAUCAUGUAAAAUGUAAUCAUGUAUAUUGUCAUCAUGUAAAAUGUAAUCAUGUAUAUUGUCAUCAUGUAAAAUGUAAUCAUGUAUAUUGUCAUGAUGUAAAAUGUAGUCAUGUAUAUUGUCAUCAUGUAAAAUGUAAUCAUGUAUAUUGUCAUGAUGUAAAAUGUAAUCAUGUAUAUUGUCAUCAUGUAAAAUGUAAUCAUGUAUAUUGUCAUGAUGUAAAAUGUAAUCAUGUAUAUUGUCAUCAUGUAAAAUGUAAUCAUGUAUAUUGUCAUCAUGUAAAAUGUAAUCAUGUAUAUUGUCAUCAUGUAAAAUGUAAUCAUGUAUAUUGUCAUGAUGUAAAAUGUAAUCAUGUAUAUUGUCAUGAUGUAAAAUGUAGUCAUGUAUAUUGUCAUGAUGUAAAAUGUAAUCAUGUAUAUUGUCAUCAUGUAAAAUGUAAUCAUGUAUAUUGUCAUGAUGUAAAAUGUAAUCAAGUAUAUUGUCAUCAUGUAAAAUGUAAUCAUGUAUAUUGUCAUGAUGUAAAAUGUAAUCAUGUAUAUUGUCAUGAUGUAAAAUGUAAUCAUGUAUAUUGUCAUGAUGUAAAAUGUAAUCAUGUAUAUUGUCAUGAUGUAAAAUGUAAUCAUGUAUAUUGUCAUCAUGUAAAAUGUAAUCAUGUAUAUUGUCAUGAUGUAAAAUGUAAUCAUGUAUAUUGUCAUCAAGUAAAAUGUAAUCAUGUAUAUUGUCAUGAUGUAAAAUGUAAUCAUGUAUAUUGUCAUCAUGUAAAAUGUAAUCAUGUAUAUUGUCAUGAUGUAAAAUGUAAUCAUGUAUAUUGUCAUGAUGUAAAAUGUAGUCAUGUAUAUUGUCAUGAUGUAAAAUGUAAUCAUGUAUAUUGUCAUGAUGUAAAAUGUAGUCAUGUAAAUAACUUUGUCCUGCUUGUGCUGGAGUUUGGUUUUAAACUGUAGCUAUAAAAUAUCCUGUUUAAAACUGUCCUUCUAUCAGAGUCUUCGACAUGGCCGGUGUACGUCCAGCUGACCAACGGUAAGGUAUAUGGGUGUGACCUUGUGGUCAGCGCCACAGGUGUGGAGCCUUUCACAGAUUUGUUCUUACCGGGAAAUGAUUUUGAUGUCGCUGCUGACGGAGGUUUGAAGGUGAACAGCAAAAUGGAGACGAGUGAACCCCACGUGUACGCUGCUGGUGAUGUCUGCACAGCAUGCUGGGAAUAUUCCCCUCUUUGGCUUCAGGUACUUAUAAUUAUGUAAUCCAAAUCUUUAUGAAAUUCAUCAUCAUCAUCAUGUCCCUUAGUCCUUGGACCGUUGGGGUGCCACAGAUGACUUUGUAAACUAUCCUCCUCCAUUCGUGAAAUUACACAACAGAAGCAUUGUUACACAAGAUUUUUAAAAAUCAAGAAAACAAGUGAUUGGACCGUUGUGCAAGUGUUUUACUUAAAAAGUUAAUAAUUUCAGCAAGGUUAUUAUUUUAAAUAUUUAAAAUAUACAUUAUUAUUUUAAAUAUUUAAAAUAAUGUAUCUUGACCCUGUUUGACUUGAUUACUAUAUUACAGAAGUCAAUUCAAUAAAGUCACCCCUUAUUUUGAUGUCAUUUAAAAUCCCUUGGUGAAAAAUCAAAUGUUGGAGUAGAUGCUAAAGGGUUAAGUCCUGCCACUGGCUUGUCUGGGUUUGUAAUUAAUCCAAAUAUGAACUGAUGUAGAAUUAUUUUUGACUUUAGAGUUGAAGGCCUUUGUGUUCUGUUUUGCAAACCAUGUAACAGCCAUAGAACCCUUGAUUGCAAACCAAUCCUAUAACAGCAGUACAACCCUCUAUUGCAAACAAACCAACCAACAGCUGUACAACCAUCAGAUUGCAAACCAUCUAACAGCUGUGCAACCCUCGGAUUGCAAACCAACUAACAGCUGUGCAACCCUUGAUUUUCACCAUUUAAUUUGUUCAAUAUUAUUAGUUUGGAUUUCCAAAGCUCACUUCCCAAUUGUUCCUCGCAGCAAUGUCAGAUACACAUAACAUGUUUUAGCUCGUAUUACUCGUAAACAUCAUUUGAAAAUGUAUCUAUUUCUUUGUUUUGUUGUAGAUGAGACUGUGGACUCAAGCUCGGCAGAUGGGAUGCUAUGCAGCAAAGUGUAUGGUAGCUGCAGCCAAGGGAGAGGAGAUAUCCAUGGACUUCUGUUUUGAGCUAUUUGCCCAUGCUACAACAUUUUUCAAGUUCAAGGCAAUUAAUUUUUUUUUAUUACUAGUUUGUGCUAGAACUAGAAACUGUAAUUUUUUCAAGGCUAAUGGCUUAAACCCACUCAUUGAAAUAUUUUGAAAAUUUUCAUUUGCAGUUACGUUAUGGCCCCCUUUGCCUGAAAUUGCUGAAAAGAUGUUUUAGAAAAUAAUGGACAGAGAAGGGUUAAUUACAUAUAUACUUAAUAAGAGUUAAGCUAAAUCCAUCUUAGAAUAUUUCGGAUUUUAAAUAAAGCAUCUAAUUCAACUCCAGGUUAUUUUGCUCGGAAGAUUCAAUGGUCAAGGCUUACAAAAUGAUUAUGAAGUUCUACUGCGAGUGACUAAAGGUAAGAUUACAAGAGUCAUCCUUUUUAAAAAAAAACAACAACAUUAAAUAGCUUCACUAAAAUGAACUGCCAUGUAACAUUCACACCUCAUUAUAAUACUAGAAAAGAUGCUGUGGAUAACUUGAAGUAAUUUCGUACUUUUCUUGGACUGUACUAUUACUCUACAAUGAGGAUACAUUGAGUGUUUACUUGGUGUUUACUUGGAUGACGCGCAUGGUCUUCAAUGCACUAUGGUUAUUCAGCUGCAAUCAAAUAUGAAAGGAAAACUUAAAACAAUCUUUAAUUUGACUGCAAAAAUUUUGGGUUGAUCCAAGUCUCUGAUUUGUGGCAUGACUUACUAAGACAGCUGACCUGUGAUUUCAGCAGUGCCAAUGUAAGUUCUUGUAAGCCAUUAAGGACACCUAAUCUUGCUGUGUGGCAUAUGUGUGUAUCUGAAGUUGGGUCUAAGAAGCUGGUGGAGCAAACUAUAUCAUCCCAGAGGACACUCAAAUUUUUCUGGAUUUUAUUUUUUUUUAAAUGUUAUUUAUAUUCUCCACUGUUGGGUCUAAUGUUUUGAUGAGUUUUGUUAUUUUUCCCUCCCUUCAAGGCAAAGAGUAUGUCAAAGCAAUUCUGCAGAAUGGACGACUUGUGGGUGCUAUUCUGAUCGGAGAAACAGAUCUGGAGGAAACUUUUGAGAACCUCAUCCUGAAUGGCAUGGACCUGACACCAUUCAAAGAAAAUCUACUGGAACCAGGCAUUGAUGUGGAUGAUUUUUUUGACUGACCACAGGCUUGGUGGAAUUUUUUGAAGGUGGAAUGUGAUGGAGGUCCCAUGGAUUGAGACACGAUGGGAAAUGUGACAGAGCACGAUGGGACAUGUGACAGAGGAUGAUGGGAAAUGUGACAGAGGAAAAACAUUUGAAAGUGAAAAUGUUAUGUAUGUGGAAAUAUAUUUGGCCAUGUUGUCUGUUUUAUAUUAAAUUAUGUGUGAUCAUGCUUUCUUUGCGUGGAAGCUUGUGUGGUUAUGUCGUCUGGCCAUACUGUGGGUAUGUGGAAGUUUGUAUGGUCAUACUGUGGGUAUGUGGAAGUUUGUCUGGCCAUUCUGUGGGUAUGUGGAAGUUUGUCUGGCCAUACUGUGGGUAUGUGGAAGUUUGUAUGGUCAUACUGUGGGUAUGUGGAAGUUU